GUUCAGCUCUGGUUCAGCAGCUCCAGUCUCACUCAGCUCGAGCUUUCCUCAGUUCACUCCAGCUUCGCAACCACUUCCGUUCACCGCUCAGCGCUUCCGUUUCUGUGAUCCACGAGUAGCUCUGGUUGUUCCGCGUUUCCGUCGCUCCGCUGUUGGUGCGUCCCGGCUGGGAUGGCAACGCCAGUUCUAGAAAUGGCUGUAGGAGCGAAUAUCAGUCGGACUGCCUGCCUCAGCUCUCUCGUUGCUCCUCCGAGGCAAGCUACCUGCAGCGUGAGAAUCCAUAAAUCCACGUCAUUCUCGGGUGCAUUCGUCUCAUUGCGAAGGACGUCGACAGCGGGAGCAGCUGCAGCUUGUGUUCGAAAAGGGUUGUGUGUCGUGGCUGCGACAGGGUUUGGGAAGCCGGGUGGCGAUAAGGGCAAAGGAGACGCGAAGGAUGCCGAGAAAUCUCUCAAGGCCACUAUGGAGCUUGAUAAGUUCAUUGACCAGCUCAGGAACGCCGAUGACAAUGAGCUGCCACUUCUGGUGGCCGAGAACGUGCUUGCCUUCGAUCAGAAGUUCUGGCUUCGGCUUGUCACACGCGCAGAGUCAAGCUCCACAGUGGAUGACAGGAGGGAUUUUGAGAAGCUGGCCCAGAAUGUGAUGGAGAUGGUGGACAAGGUGGUCAAGAAAACACACGAAAACAUGGACAGCACGAGUGACGCUUUGGCAUCAAUGCUGAGGCAACUUGGAGACGAGAAUGAUGAAAUUGCUUGGCCUCCUUCAGGGGAGGUGUUGGCGAAGUUGCAGCAGGAAAUAAAGCAAUGGGAUGAGGAUGGGCGCAUUGAUGAGAAAUUUCUGGCCGCAGUGUCAGCUCAAUUGAGACAGGCAACAGAGGCCAGCGACAAGCCUGGGCUCAUGGCCAUGCUGCAGAAGGUCCUUCAGUUAUACUCAGCUGUUCGUUUGAGCCGGCGUAGCUAUGCAACUCGGCGUGAUGGUACCAUUGAUGAGAGCGAGGAGUUUUUGGAAACACUUCUACAAGCUCCUGAAGAGACAUGGGAGUCACUUCUUCAAUCCCGCCUCACCUGUGGAGGUGGAAGCCUUCCAGAAGCUGAGCUGUUCUCUGCACUCGAGAGGAGAGCAGAGCGAAUGUUUAUGCGCACAGAAAGCGGCUCAUACGAGCAGAGGAUACUUGGAGAGUACUUGAAAGAACUUGAAGCACGUGCUAGAGCAGUUGUUGCUGCCUUAACCACGCCCCCUCAGCUGCAGUCCUAGAUUGUGGAGACUUUGUCUUGUACGCACAUGAUUGUAGGUCCUUCCACUAAGAAAAUCCACCCAGCGAAAGAAGACAUGUGCUGGUAAUAGGCUUCCUCUCCACACGCUUGAAAGGGCUUCUGGGAUUGUGAGAGAAUGCUGGCUUGCCGUGUGUAGCAGACACCUGGAGCA